AGAAGCAUGGACAGCAAGAUCAGCUUUGGAAUCGGUGUAUUUAUCACAUCUUUGGUACUGACCGCUGGGACCGCUGAACGGUGUACUACAUCCACCGGUAGGGCUGGCCGAUGCGUUCAAUCGGAUGCUUGCCCACGGUUUAAGCAAAUAUUGGACGACCCCAACGUUACGCUGCAACAGUACAACACUCUGCUAGCUGCAUUGAACGCGUGUGAGGAUAAGGCCGAGCUGUGUUGUGUUCUUUCAGACAUCCUGCCAUCGGUCCUAUCAACUUCUAUCACCACCACCACCACCACCACCAUCGCCACUACUAUCGUCAGUGCCACAACACGUUGUGUCCAGGAACAACUGACCGGUGGCCACAGCAUCACGUUCGCCGACGAAACAUCCUUCGGUGUGUUCAUCGCGAUCAGCGGUCAUUUUGGGCACGGAACUAGGCGAUGCGUCGGAAGUUUGAUUAGUGCUGAGUAUGUGCUAACCGCGGCCCACUGCGUAAGGAAUGCGCCGAACAUUAGUGUGUUUGUCAAUGCUAACAACAUAACGUCCAGUGAGAAGGGCCAGUACAAAGGCGACGUUGUGGGAAUGCGUGUGCGAGAGAUCAUUCUCCACGAGCAGUACACUAUCAGCAAGCGAGGGUACGAUAUAGCACUAUUACGGCUCAAUACGCCCAUCCGCACGAAUUUGCGGGGAUCACCGAGACCCAUCUGCAUUCCAAGUGGCGAACAGCACGACGAGAUUGCCUCGGUUGGCCACACGCUGAGCUCCUUCGGUUGGGGUUUGAAUGCUGACGGUGUGAUCAGUAACAGGAAGCAGUGGGUAACACUGGAACGCAUCUCGCUGGACCGAUGCAGGGCCUCCCUUGGUUAUGCGCUACCCGGGCUGAAUAUUACGCUCAAUGAACUGUUCCUCUGCACUGCCAGCAUCACCGGUCACGAUGUGUUUUCAGGCUACUCCGGUGCUCCCUUGAUGUACCGCCAAAAUGGGAUCUGGUUUAUGGUGGGCAUCGUGAGCUUCGGCAUCGGGACGACUUCUAACGAGUUCCCGACCGUCUCGACCAACGUGCAGCAGUACGUUGGUUGGAUUCUGCAGCAGAUAAGCCAACGAUUACUUCAACGUCGGUGUCAUUCAGACUCGCGUACAAUGUGUAGAUCAGCCGGAACCAGUAUGGCCAUCGCGAGCAUUCUGCUAUUUUGGUGCAGUUUCGUGUGUGUUGCAGCGAAUAGGGAAUGUAUCGCAUCCAAUGGUAAAAAAGGACACUGUGUAGCUAUAGCAGCUUGUCCAGAGAUUGCAGCAGUGGCCGAUCAGGAUACGUUAGUGCCGGAACAGGAGCGAUUGCUCAACUCCGUCAUGAAGGCCUGCGGCAGCAACGCGGCAGACCCUAAGGCGACUGUUUGCUGUCCAGUGAUGUCUGUGACUCCAUCCCCUACCAGCGAAAUACCGACCAUGACGGAAAAAAUAGGAGCUGGUACCAUUCGAAUACACCUUCCAAUGUGGUGUGGUCAGCGUUCCCCAGGGAUCAAAAUCAUAUCUAACACCACAGAUGAAGAUUACAUAUACAUGUGGGCAGUGUUUUUGAAAAUUCAGGAGGCCCCUAGCAGGAAUGCUAGUCGCUGUACCGGUACGCUUAUCAACAAGUGGUACGUUCUAACGGCGGCACACUGUGUGCAUAAACUGAGAUUACAGAGAGGAUACAGCAGCAUCAAGAUGUAUCUCGGUUUAUACGAUUUGGAACAGCUAAAGACGUGUUUAGAAGACGGUCCGUGUGUAGAGCGUAGCGCCGUUAAGAUUAUAACUCACCCACAAUACAAUCCGCAUACGGUGCUAAACGACAUAGCGCUCAUACGCAUGAAUCAAGCCGUGGAAGAGACGGACUUUAUUCAACCAAUCUGCCUUCCGUUGAAUCAUACCUACGAUGAAAGACUGCAACCGCAGGUCAUCUCCUACGGCUGGGGUAUAACAAAAAUAGACGGAUCUUUGGAGCUAAGUAACGUUAAGCGUGUCGUAGGUUUGGACGCUGUAGCGCCCAAUGUUUGUGCUAGAGAACUACGAGGGGUGAUUAGAAGUGGUUCGCUAGAGCCCACGCAGCUCUGCACUAAAGGUGUGGGAGACGAGGAUGUUUGCAGUGGCGAUUCUGGGGCACCAAUGAUGGAGUGGAACAAUGAGCUUUGCUACGUGGUCGGUGUUGUUAGCUAUGGACCGAAAUGCGGCACUGCAGCAGCGCCUGGUAUUUCAACAAGAAUCUCAGAGUACAUCGAUUGGAUUCUCAACAAUCUGGCGAAGUAAAAGUUGGGCAUGAAACAGAUUAACUGGUGGCUGCACAGCAUCCUGUGAAACAAUGGUAAGAUGAGCACCAUAGCUCACAUACAGGGUGGGCCAUCUAAACAUGACCUAAUUAAUUGCUGUAUAAUUCCGCCAUUUAUCGGUCGAUUUUGCAAAAUGAACAAUAUUUAUUUAGGUUAUGCAAUACCCUUUCAUGCACAAUAUAAUAUCGAUCCAAUGACCGCCUCACUCAGACGCACAAAAGGUGGCUUUUUUGUAGGCAUUAGAUAGCAUGCAUGUAAUAGCAAUAAUUAGCGCUCUGAUAAUAGCUCUUAGUUUAUCAAUAGUAUUUGCUUUGCUGGCAUACACCUUACUCUUCGAAUAGCAACACAGAAGUAAAUCAGGCGCCCACAGUUCUUAUUCAAAUUGUCAGUUUUCACAAAUGAACGAUUUUUUUCGACGUACAGCGCUACAAUUUCAGCCCGCUUGUUUGGUGUGAAUAGAUUUAUUACUAAAACGGCAUAAACUAACGUUUCAGAAUCUAGCCGAUUUGAUUAAAUCGGCCGAAAAAUGACAGAGUUAUUCAACAUUUAAAUAGGUUUAGAUGGCACACCCUACGACCACGUUCUUCAGCUGCAGCAGGAUUUAACGCAUUUUGCCAUUUUUACCAUUAGAAUUAGAAACAACCAUAGUGUUAGGAUAGAAUCUCCAAAUAGGUUGGGCAUAUUAGAACAUAUAAGUCGUGAUAUAAAAUUAAUAAGAGAAAUAAAAUGAAUAAGCCAUCAAGCUCCAAC